CCUUCCGUAGCGCUCUCAGAAGACUGACGUGGGCUGCGCUGUGGGUCUGGUAGUGGUUAUCCUGGCCUAGCUUAGCUUAGCUUAGCUUAGCGUUAUCACAUUGAGCUCUCCUGUUGUUAACUAGCGCGGUUGAGCUGAACAUUUAAACUACUCGAUUCAUUCUUUAACAUUUUCCCUUCGGAUAAUUCAGAUAUGGCGGCUGACUGGGACGAAAUCCGGCGUCUGGCGGCUGAUUUCCAGAGAGCUCAGAUCGCGGACGUGGUGCAAAAGCUGUCGGAGAGGAACUGCAUUGAGAUUGUCGCCAAGCUGGUGGAAGAUAAGAAACUGGACGUGGUUCACACCCUCGACGGGAAAGAGUACAUCACACCAUCACAGAUUAGCCGAGAGGUCCGGGAGGAGCUGUAUGUACACGGAGGGCGCAUCAAUAUUGUGGACCUUCAGAAGAUCAUAAAUGUAGACUUGGUCCAUGUGGAGAGCAGAGCCAGUGAGUUGGCCAAGUCUGACCCAGGCACCCAGUUAAUUCUGGGUCAGCUGAUCGAUGAGAACUACCUGGACCAGCUGGCAGAGGAGGUGAAUGAUAAACUGCAGGAAUCGGGGCAGGUGAACAUUGCCGAGCUGUGCAAGACCUAUGAUUUACCUGGAGACUUUCUAACGGAAGAGCUGUGUGCACGGCUGGGUCGUGUGAUCCAGGGACAGGUGGAUCAGUAUAACAGAGGAGUGAUCUUUACUCAAGCCUUUGUUUCUAGACACAAGGCUCGUGUACGAGGCCUGUUCAGUGCCCUCACCAGGCCUACUCCAGUCAGGAACCUGAUUGGUCUCUAUGGCUUUCAGGAGAAUCUUUUAUACUCUGUCCUGCAGGAGCUGGUGACUAGUGGAAGGCUGAAGGGUUCUGUGGUUGGAGGCCGGCAGCACAAAGCCGUCUACAUCCCUGACAUCUAUUCCAGGACACAGAGCUCUUGGGUCGACUCCUUCCUCAAACAGAAUGGAUACUUGGAGUUUGAUGCACUGUCCCGGCUGGGAAUUCCUGAUCCGGCGAGCUACAUUAAGAAGCGCUUUAAAUCCCAUAAGCUGCUUUUCCUUCGAGCUGCUUGUGUGGACUCAGCCAUCGUAGACCAGCUAGAGGCGUCAGUGGAGGAGGCCGUGACCACCGCCACAUUGGUGGAUUUGCAGCCAAUGGUGCCAAGCUGUCUGUCAGAGGAGGACGUGGCCCUGUUGCUGGGCCAGGCCGUGCGGGCGGUGCACGCUCAGUCCAGCACUGUGCUGCUCGGCACUGUGGUGGUCAGCGAGAAGUUCAUCAGAAACUGUCUAGCACUGUUUGAUGACAUCAUGCUGCAGAAAGCACAGAAGGAGGUGAAGAAUAACCCUGUGUUCCUGAUAACAGAGGAGGAUGUGAAACAGGGCUCUGUGCUGCUCGAGGGCUCCGCUUCCUCAAAGAAAGACAAACGAGAGGAGCGCAGGAAGAAAGCAUCAGAGGGCACAGGGAGUUUGAGGGGAGGAGGAGGCGGCAACGCGAGAGAAAUCAGAAUCCGCAAAACCAAAAAGAAGAACAGGAGAGAGGAAGAAAGUGAUGAUGAGACGCAGGCCACGUCAGAGAGUCAUAAGCAGGGGGGUGUGCCGUUCAUGUCUCUGGAGGAGAUCGUGGAGGUUCUGGAAGGGAGAGUGAUGGACUGCCCUGAAGACCUGCUAGAACCGCUGGCCCAGCAGAUACUGAGGCCUCUGACAAAGGCGUAUCAGGAAGUGGUCCGUACUGCUGUUAUGUCCUCCACUUCGACUGGCUCAGGUGGGAACCGAAAACAAAACGUGAAGGACCUUCAGGAGGAGAUUAACAACCUGUACAACAACAUCCGGUUGUUUGAGAAAGGGGCCAAGCUCUUCACAGAUGAGACUCAGCUGAACAUAGUGAAACACGUCCUGAGAAGCGUCUGCACAGACGUCACCAACAUGCUGGUGACCUUCAUAGCUGCUGAGCGCAUGAUGACCUCUGAUAACCCCACCACCAUCACUGCUGAGAUGAGACUGAAGGUUCUUGCCUUGCUCCCUGAUGACACUAAAGUUCCCCUGAUGAAGCUGCACAACAGCCUGAAUGGAAAAAGCAUCGAGGGCUUCCUGUGCAGUUUGGAAACAUGUGCUGAAGAGUGUGGGUUUCUGCUGAAGAAAGCAGACAAGAAGAGAGAGAAGCAGGCUCUGCUGCUGCACCGUCAGACAUUACUGGAGCAGCUGAAGCAGGUGGAGGAACCUGCUCUCGUGCUGCACCUGGUCAGUGUGCUGCUGUUCCAGGGUUUCACCCACCACAUGCUGCACGCACCGGGCCGCUGUGUACCCAGCAUCCUCAGCACCUUGCAGCCUAAGCUGCCCCAGGACCAGUAUGAGUUGCUGGUUCAGUAUCAGAGUCUGGUGGUUAAGCAGCUGGUUGCUCAGAGUCAUGGAGGGACAGAAUCUUCAGAUGAGCUGGACACAAUCCAGAGGGACAUACACAGACUCACUCAUGAUGUCAAAGACCUUCUUCUCUCUCCCAGAAAACCAUCCACCACAGAUGAGUGAAAAGGGGUUACACCCCAAAUGGCUUCUCACUUAAAUAAUGGAAUAAACUAAAUGAGACUAAA